AUGGGCCUCGCCCACUCGCUGAGCGACGUCGUCGACGGGCCGCGUCUCUCUCUCUCUCUCUCCAUUUUUUUGGUUUUUUUUUGGUUUUUUCGCCGCCCGCUCUUUCGCUCUGACGCGCACCUUAUCCCGCAGGAAGUCGGCCGUAACAUCACCGGCGCGGCGUACCGCUUCAAAGAAGUCAGAGGCUUGUUCCGCGCCGCCGCGGAGGCGAUGCAAGCGGAGGGAGAGCUCACGUUUUUGCCCGAGAUGGUCGCCCCGAACGCCAAAAAGAUUAACCCGAACGAUCGCUCGCCGUUCACGGGCGGACGCGGCGGCGGCGGAAGCGCGAGCGGGAGUAGCAAGACGAAGACGCGCAAGGCGGAGAGGAAAGAGAGCAGGAUGAAAGCCGCCGCGCGAGGACAGGGGAAGGGGAACCAGAACCUUUUGGGGAAGAGGCAGAGGGAGACGCCGGGGGAGAAGCGCGAGCGCGAGAGAGAGGAAAACGCGCGGGAGGAUUUUUUCAUCGCUCGUCUGAAGAACGAGGGCAUCGGGUCGCCGGCGCGGAAGCGCCAGAAGAAGAACGCGGCGUCUGGGAUGGUCAACGGUGGUAAAGGCAAGGGCAAGACCAAAAGUAAAAACGGCGUCGAGGCGACGGCGGCGUACGGCAACUCGAAGAACGGCAACUCGAAGUCGAAGCAAAAGAACCGAACGUCCCCCGGCGGCGGCGGCAAAGGCGGCGGCGGUCGGCCGGACGUGAAGCCCAAGAGCGCGGCGAGGAGAAACGCGAAGAAGAAGACGAAGAAGCGGAAAGGCGCGAGCGCGGCGGCGAACGGCUCCGGCAAGCGCGGAAGAAAAGGAUGGGGCACGGGGUAGUGAGCGCGUCGCCUCAAAAUACGUUAGAACCAAUUUAAGGUUAACCUUAGUUAGGCUGCAGUCAUGUCAAGUGAUACAUUCGAGC